GCGGAAUUGCAGAAAAGGAGCUGGUAACUGAUGCAGGCGCCCUGAGGCUCCCGGUUAAGCGAACAGACAGCCCUAGCCACCACAAGUUCGAACAAAAUCUGAAAUUCUAUGCGUUGAAGACGGUAUCCAUCUCACGACACAGCACGACAACCAGACAAAAUGGGGCGUCUCACGGAAUACCAGGUCAUCGGGCGCCAUCUGCCCACGGAGGCGAACCCCACGCCAAAGCUGUAUCGUAUGCGCAUCUUCGCUCCUAACACCGUUGUUGCUAAGUCGAGAUUCUGGUUUUUCUUGAUGAAGCUGCGAAAAGUGAAGAAGGCAAAUGGCGAAAUUGUCUCCAUCAACGUGAUUCACGAGAAGCGCCCAAUGAAGGUUAAGAAUUUCGGCAUCUGGAUUCGUUACGAUUCGCGUUCCGGCACACACAACAUGUACAAGGAAUAUCGAGAAAUGUCGCGGACUGAUGCCGUCCAGUCUCUCUACCAGGAUAUGGCCGCCCGCCAUCGUGCCAGAUUCGGCUCCAUCCACAUCCUGAAAGUUGUCGAGAUCGAGAAGUCCGACCUCAUCCGACGACCAUACAUCAAGCAGCUCCUCACCAAGAAUCUCAAGUUCCCUCUCCCCCACCGCGUCCCCAAGGCAACCACCAAGAAGCUAUUUGCAGCCCAAAGACCUUCAACUUUUGCUUAAGUGGAUAUGGGGGGUUUUGUUGACGUGGAAAAUGCGGGCAGCGGGAUAUGAAUGAAUUUCGUUUAUCGCUACUUGCAUUUGUAUGCUGGACAUGUGGAUCGGUUGAAACGUAUACUACUACGUUAUCUCCAGGAUUCAGCUGUUCUUCUUUUAGUCUCUGGAGCAAAACCUUUUUUCAAUUUUAUAAUCUCUUCAAAAUUUCAUGAUAGUCCCAAUCGGUUAUUUCUUUUUGACUUCAUCGCAUGAUCGCUACAGUAGAAGCAGUAAGAACCUAGCAGUUUUCAUAAUAUAAAUGUCGGCGAUAUAAAGCUUUUUUGAGUAGUUCCUAGUGCAGUUCAAAAAUAAGGUCGCCAAGGAAGACCUGGGAAUUUGUGUGGCAGAUUUUCC